CCGGGCGAGGGCCUGGACGCGCUGGCGGGGCACGGGGAGUCGCGGCGCGGCGCGGCGCGCGGUGACGGCGCCGCGGCGCGCAGCCACGCGCACCUGCACCCGGAGAAGCCACCCGUUCGCACACCGGGCGCCGGGGGGUGCCAGCGCCGGCGACAGGGUGGCCGCCAAGGGCAGGGCAGCGAGCGUCGGGAACGUCGCGGCGCUCAGGCUGCGGGGGCUCCCCUUCAGCGUGACGGUGCAGGACGUGCUCGCAUUCUUCGCGCAGCACGACGUGGUCGACCGCAUCGCCGACGGGCCGGAUGCCGCACAGCUGCUGACCAAGGCGAACGGCAGGCCCUCUGGCCAGGCCGUGGUGCAGAUGCGGAGCCGCAAAGACGCGGAGGUCGCGAGGGACAGCAUGCACGGCCAGUACAUGGAGACCCGGUACAUCGAGGUGUUCGUCUACGGCGGAGAAGAUGGCGCCCACGGCAGCGACAGCGCGGUGACCUCUACCCUGCCCGCCGGCCAGUUGCCUGGCGGGGCGCACCAGUGGGGCAUGGGCAUGAGCCCCUGGGAUCCCCACGGUGUGGCGCCGAUGCCGUGGGAGCUUCUUGACGGCCAUCCUCGGGCCCCUGGCGGCGCAGCGGGCGGCCCCCCCGCGGACGGGGCCGGCCCUUCCGAGCCGGCGGAGUGGUCCGCGCUGUUCCAGUUCCUCUACAGCGACCCCCAGCCCGACGCGGGGGGCCUCGGCAGCGGAGACGCCUUCCUGCCGGGAGGGGGCGCGCAGACGCCCGCGGGCGGGGGCGUGGCGGCGCCCGUGCCCGUCGACAUGCCCGCGCAGUCCACGACGCAGACCAUGAGGGUCUGAGAGAGCGCCCGAGGCUGGAAUCGAGGGAGGCAGGACAAUUCUGCCCAUGCCGUCCUCUGCCCCUCCCAGAGGGGCUCCCGAGGCUGGCGGGGCAGCCUCCCCGGGAGAUGCCUGGGCAGGCGGCGCGCAGAGCGGCAGGAGCAAGCUGCACAAGCGCAAACUUUCCGCCCUCUGCACGGAUUCUGUCGAUCGGCGUUGGCCCCCCUGGCGGCGCUGGCAGCUCCUGGCGUGCUGCCCGCGCGCCAGGGAGGGGGAUCCAGUGCCGAUUCAUGAAUUCCGCGAGAACCUUCAGAAGUUGUUUUUUCUUGCAGUUGUUUGCUCCUCUAUCCUCCUCAUCCUUCUUAGCCGUCCCUCUCUUUCACAGCGGCUUGGCUGGGGUCGUGGUGUGCAUGGCUACUGCUAUGUGUCUGGUAUUGCGACAUGUUUGCUAUUGCUCAUGCCCCGCCCCCUCCCUGCCC